CAAGGAGAUUUAAACACACUUGGUGAAUUGUUUGGUUUACUUGUUAACUGAAGGUGAAGGACGCUAACACAAAGUGAACUGAUGAAUAUGGCCAACAAGGAGACACUCAAGGAGACAGAAUAUCAAAUAUAAGCAUUCCUUUAAAUAUACACGAUACUUCAGCAAGGAAGGAUACCAAUUUAUUUAAAGAAUGGAAACCUACAUGUACAAGAGAGAGAUAAAUAUCAUAUCUACUUUAUUAGUGAUUCUCAAUGUUGCACCUUAUACAAAAGGGUCCAGAUAUGGAGCUGAGGAUGGAACAAAAUACAUUAUACCCUUAGUGCUAUCUCUUACUAUCCUAGUGAUAGUUACAAUAAUUGUGUGCUGCCUAACCAGCAAGAAACAAUACUUUAAGAAAAUUGUAGAAUGGUGUUCUACAAUUGGUUCAAAAAAUGGUACAAUUACAAGGAAAACACAUUCAAAAACAAUUCAAAAUGCAACCUCCAUCCAGAUGAUAGUUUUGCAACAGAAACCAACAGAUAUGAUAGAAAUGGAAAGUGGAGGGGACAUUCCAGUGGAGCCUACAUGCAUAAAUGACAAUUAUUCCUGUAAUCAAAGCGAGGAACAUAGUGACACAGAAAAACUUUUGCAAGAUAAAUGUAAAAUAUCUCAUUCUCAUCCCCCAGAGAUAUUCUUAAAGGGGCAACAAAGACUAUAGAGAGUAGUUUGGAAUAAUUUUUGAAAAAAUGUUAC